GCAAUUUUUGUAUAUUUUUUUAACAAUUUGAGCCCGAAGACGUUUUACAUGUUUUAUUUGUAUUGUAAUUUUAGAUAAAGGCAUCUUCGUGGUUCAGGAAUGCGUCGUCUUCCUAAAUCCGCCGUUUCCUAAGGCAGUUCCAUUCAGAAAACGGAUGAAAACGGAAAAAUUGGGGGACCCUAUAUUUUCAGACAUGGAUAUGAGAGACGAACUAGACGAUUUCCAUGCUACUCUAGAGCCAAUGGUCAUUAUAAAUGAUGGGGACAUUUCAAUUACAGAGUGUGACUCUGAUAAAAAUGAACAUGACUUAUUCACUCAUAUCGAACCAGACAUCUCUAUUACACCAGUAGAACCAUCUAGGGACAGUAUCAAACUUAGAUCAUUCAGAAAAGAUUUUUCACAUAAGGGAAAUGGGACGAUCAAGCCGUUCCUUUGCAAUGCACAGACUCGUACGAGGCCGCGAAGAGAACAGGUACGAAGGAUAUCCAAGGACGAAGCAUCAAGCACAGAAGAUACUUACGCAAAACGAAGAUCUAACCCGCUUGAGCUGUGUCCUGUUUGUAAAAAAUAUUUUAGGAGAAUGAAGACUCAUUUGAUGCAGCAUAAAGUUAUAUCUAGGACGCCAGGAAACAGCCUUAGUUGCUCUGUUUGUGAGAAAGUCUUCAAUUCACAUAGCAACCUUGUCAUCCAUAUGAGGUCCCAUACAGGAGACAAACCGUAUGUUUGUGAAGUUUGCAACAAAUCCUUCACACAGAGCUGUAAUUUAGUGAACCAUAUGCGAAUACAUACAGGCGAAAAACCGUUCAAGUGUCCCCAUUGUGACCGUGCCUUCACCCAGUCUGGCAAUCUGACCAACCACAUUCGGCUACACACCGACGAGAAACCGUUCAAGUGUCACUUUUGCGAUAAGGCUUUCGUACAAUCAGGAAACCUCAAUUCACACAUGCGAAACAACCACAAGAUUGAGGUGGCUAGAAAAUCGGGUCUGGAGAUAAUAGAAAUACCGUCACUGUAACUGUCUUAAAUAUCUUUAGAUAUGUCGAAUAUCAACGGUCGGUUUAUGCUGAAAUUUGUUCUUGAAUGUUGCUAAUUGUGGCAUUACUGAACAGUCAGAUUCAAUGCAGAUACAACCAUUUAAAUAUGCUAAAUGACAUAGAAAAUGCAACACCGACUAGGAGUGCUGGAAUUUCACAAGCUUUAGGUCUACUGAUAAGUAGAAAGUGAUAAUAGCUGCAACCUUCUUCCCAUCGAUGGGGGAAAGGUCUGGAGAUCGAGCAGGCCACUGAAGCAGAUUUACUCGGGACGCUUUUAAAAAAAAGUCUAAACUAACACGUGCGACAUGAGGUCGUGCAUUGUCUAUAUUCAAUAAAUAAUUGUGGGUGUUGGAUUUUAUAUGUCACUUAGUCUACUUACUUUUUAUACUGAUUUAACGAAUUACCUACCUAAAUGGUUCUUAGAUAGGACUAUUAGAAUUGCUACAAUCCUCAGCACAGAUGUUUGCCUAUCAUUCCUUUUAUAAUCUCUAAUGACGUUUUUUUGAAUCCCUAUUUCUUCUACAAUUUAUCAUUUCCUUCGUUGUCGCAAAACAACUGCGUUUUCCAAACACUAUUUCCAUUGCUCUUACUUUUUCUUCAUUUCUCACCAUAUAGAGCAAUAGGCUCUGUUAUCGUUUGCUUUUUCCGUUUUGUUCCAACGCCCCGAAAACUUUUGAAAAUGAAUUCAAAAGAUUUUUUCUGUUCGGUGUGUCUACAGGGUGUCCCAGAAGUCGACGUCAAGCCGAAACCGGGUGAUAGGCAAAGUCAUAACAGCUAUCAGAAAAAUAUUUAAAAAAAUU